CGGGCGAGCGCGCGUCGUUUUGCGCGUCCACGAGAGAGCCCACACGCGAGCUGCUGUGUUGUGUUGACGGAACGAGUGAGUUGAGAGGGGAAACAUGUCCGCCACAGCCGUGCAGCACAACAACAACGAAGAGCCAGGCCUGAACGGGUCCUGGGUUGAGUUGGAGUUGAAUGGGAACACGGCUCCUGGCUCCCAACAGCAAAACCAGAAUCUGGUCUCCUCUGUAACUAAUGGGAACACAGGCGAGCUGGCGGCACCGCAGGGCCUGCAGGCUGUAGUGGAGGGGGAGGAGGAGAGCCUGUCUGGGGGCCUGGAACAUGUGCCCUCGUCCUCUUCCAUCCACAACGGAGACAUGGAGAAGAUUCUGCUGGAUGCCCAGCAUGAGUCUAGCCCCAGCAGCUCCUCUUGUAAUAGUCCUCCCAGACCCCACAGUCCUGAGCAUGAUGAUGGUCAGAUUACCUUUGAUGUGGAGAUGCCCAGUGAGAGAGAUGGUCAGUCUGAAGAUGACAAUGUGGAGAAGGACAAAGAUGAUGACAUACUUCCGGUCAAAGGGGAAAGCUGGGUGGCAGACUGGUCCAGUCGACCUGAAAAUAUUCCUCCUAAGGAGUUCCAGUUCCGGCACCCAAAGCGCACAGGGUCAGUUUCUCUGAGCAUGAGAAAGACGGGUGCUAUGAAGAAAGGCGGGGUGUUCUCAGCUGAGUUCCUUAAAGUGUUCAUUCCCUCUCUUCUGCUGUCUCACAUCCUUGCACUAGGACUGGGGGUCUACAUUGGAAAGAGGCUCACCACACCUUCAACCAGCUCAUUUUAAGCCUGAAUUCAUAUCAGUGCCCAAAAAAAAUCCAUCAGACGCAAUGGAGGCAAAGUCGAGUCCGAACAUCCGUAACAUAUUUGCUAGACUCUCUCCUCACCUGUACUCUCUCUGUGUCCUUCUCAUCUUUCCUCUCUUCUCAGCUCACACGCUUAACGUCUUUAUAUUCUGUUCACAGAAGAAACUGGGAGAAUGUAUUCGUUCACUUCAUUGAACAUGUUGUGUUGUGUUGUGUUGUGUUUUCCCUUAAUGCUGUGGGUAACCACUUCAGUUUAGGUGUUCCAUCUCCUUUCAUUUUAUUUUAAUUGGUAAACUUUCUUUCUUUUUACACUGGUAUGCAAGGCAAACAGAAGUUACACGUGUGGCUCCCCAAACCCAUAGAACUGUUACAACGAGUAGCACGUUACCAUACUCACCUUCCUAGUGUGUUUUUAUCUGAUACAGAAGUGGUAGUGUUGUUAGGUUAGACACUAGAUUAUCAGAUUGAAAAUUACAGAUGCAAAUUAGUGUUGGAAACAGUCCAUCGUGUUGUGGAAUAUACAGUAUUUGGCUCCUAUUUAAAUGUACAUCUUACUCAUUAUAAGACUAAGAAAUGUUCUGUAAAAGCCAAGCAAUUAUUAUCUUUAGGCCUUCCUUAAGCAUGUUUUUAAACUUCUGCUUCCAGAACUAUGAUCUUAAUUUAAUUUGAGCAUUCCCAAUGUAGUGUCUAAAGGAAAGACAUUCUCCUUCAUGUGUAAGGGCACCAUAACGACAUUUUGUCAUGCCUCCAUUGUUAAGAGACUGUUUAGAGCCUCUACAUUAACAUAUUGGUUCUGUAGAUUGCUCUCUGAUAUAUAAAGCCUUAUGUUUAAGUUCAGCAUGUUUAUCUUUGGCUAGAGAGAGAGGAAGGAAGUGAGCCUGAAAGCCUAUUAACCAAAGUAGUAGAGUACAUUACAGUUCCCCCUUCCCUGGUUUUCACUUUAUUUCCUCUUACCAGCAGCUCAGAAAGUGAGCCUCGUUCUUGUUCUGUAGAGACAUGUUGCUCGACAUUCUCGUUUUCCAGUCUGGAAUAUUAAGGAGAAAGUCUGCAUUAGGUACAGAUUAUAAACGAUUGUAUUUAAUCCCAAAAUACAGAAAUAUGCCACCCCUCACUUGUUGGAUAGAUCAUAAGACUAAGAAAUGUUUUGUAAAAGCCAAACAAUUAAUAUUCUUAGGCCUUUUUUAAAGCAUGUUUUAAACAUCUGCUUCCAGAACUAUGAGCUUAAUUUAAUUUGAGCAUUCCCAAUAUAGUGUCUAAUGGAAAGACGUUCUUCUUCAUGUGUGAGGGCACCUUAAUGGCAUUCUCUCAUGCCUCAAUUGUUAAGAGACUGUUUCGACUCGGAGAAGUGAGCCUCGUUCUGUAGAGACAUGUUGCUCGACAUUCUCGUUUUCCCGUCUGGAAUAUGAAGAAGAAAGUCUGCAUUAGGUACAGAUUAUAAACAAUUGUAUUUAAUCCCAAAAUACAGAAGUUUUGCUCACAGUCCUGACAAAAUAGCAGCAAACAGACCGCUAUAGGUUUACGGUAAAGGUUUGAUGGACUGUUGAAGGCAUCACACGUGCUCUCAAUUCGAAGAUAGGCUACACUGCAGUGAGUGCCACAUGCACUCUUAUUUGCCUCGAUACAUAUUGUUCUGUCCUUGACCGGACUCACACAAACAAUAUACUAUGCUUCUGUGUGCCAAAGCGUCUUCACUGUGAUGCUUACGUUUUUGUAACUCUCCCAUUUUACAGUAUCUUGCACAUGCUCGGAUCCCUGUAAUUUAUACCUGCUUUUGUUUAAUGUGGAUGUAGUGCUAUAUAGAGUCUUUUAUUAACUUUGGUUUGUUACUUUCUUUACUUUGGCUUUACACAUACCACAUAAGGCUUUCUGCCUAGUUACAUUAUUUAUGUUUGUGGAAUGUGAAUCAUUUCUGUUAUCAUCUUUCAUAAUAAUGUGAAGUGUAAACUUUGUUCUUUCUCAUUUUCAGUAGUGAAAGGUACAUCCAGUGAUUUUUGAUUUCUCUUUUUUAGCUUUGAUUACCAUAGUUGUCUUGGGAUUUAUGCUUCUAACCUAGCCAAGUUGUAUUGCAACGAUACUUAAAUGGUAUUGAAAUGUCACUGCAUAUCAUAAUUUGGAAAAUGUCAUGUUUGUUUUAUUGUCGUGUAAAUCACUGAUUUGUCCCUUUGGUAGUCAAAAAAACUGGACAUCACCUAUUACGCUUGUGUUGAGUAGAUUUAGAAUAUAUAUCCUGACUCGCUUCCCAUCGGUGUCAAAACAAAACAUGUUUAGAGUGUGGACCUGAGUGGAAGUAGAUCAUUUAAGUGCCAGUUAUUGUUUUGUCCAAAGCUUUAGUUUGCACCUAUUUGCCCCUUGUUACAUGAUAACAUUGUUUCGGAUCAGCAGCAGCUUUGGAAGACAACUGUUCCAUGAAGUGUGACAAAGAACUGUGAAUGAAAAUGAAAAGUAGCGUGUUACAGUAAGAUAAACUAAAUGCCCUGUCUGUACAAGGGUAGACGUACUAUAUUGUUUCUUUUGUGCACAUUUUUGGUUUAAUUGUUGUUUUUGUUGUUGUUUUCUUUUGUUUUUUGCUUUGAAGUAAAGAUACAGAAAUAUGUUGGAAUUGGAGGGCAGGGACCUCAUGACAUCUCGUGGCUGUUUCACUUGACUGAUAUGAGCGAUAAAGCAAAAAUAUUUCGUUUUUUUUCCUGACAGCAAAGAACUGACAUUAAAUUUCCAUAUGCAACUCA